AUGCGCUCACUUUCUUUAUCCUCUUUUCUGCUCCUGCUUCCUUCCGUGCUUCCUUCUACGCAAGCUGCGGACACGUUUGACGUCACUCGCGAUGAUGACCUCCUCUCGUUUGUCACUAUGCCAAAUGUCAAGGCAAUCAAAUACAAUAUAACCUACCACGAUCGCAGUCGCGUAAGCCCCGGAUACUGGUUCGUUGCGCCGUACAGUCACCUGGACGCCGACCCUUACAACAAGAAAUACAAUCCCUGUCAAGUGGGACCUCACAUCUACGAUCAGGACGGCAAGCUGGUCUGGACCGGAUCUUGUCUCCACAACAACCGCAAUGUCUUCGACUUCAAGCCUACGAACCACAUCGCCGAUGGUGCCACCCAUCUCUCAUUCAUUCUCCAAAACAACUACAUCAAUGACGGCACGCCGUUGGCCAAAGGUGCCGCGUACAUACUCAACGACAAAUACUUGGUGGAGAACACCAUCCCCAUCACGAACGACCUAGAGCGGUGGGAUCUGCACGAGUUCAAUGUUCUUCCGGGCGGGAAGACGGCGUUGGCGGCCUCGAUCCGGAUUCAGGACCAGUCCCUGGCGGAGUUGGGCCGGCCGGCGGAAUCGAGCCGAGUGGCUUCGGGGGGGUUUGUGGAGAUCGACCUGGCCACCAGCGCGGUGCUCUUCGACUGGGACUCUCGCGACAAGAUCCCCCUCCACGAGUCGGACCAUGUGAUGCCGUGGUCGCCGCCCGAAGGGGGAGGAGGUCUGGACUACAUCCAUGUGAAUGCGGCGGACAAGAACGUGUACGGCGACUACCUCCUGUCGGCUCGCUACACCAGCACCAUCUAUCUGAUCUCCGGGCAAGACGGGCACAUCAUCUGGCGCCUGGGCGGGAAAUACACCAACUUCGCGAUGGAUUUCACCUUCUCCAAGCAACACAACGCGCGAUUCGUCUCCGCCAACGAGACGCACACCGUGUUGUCGUUCCUCAACAACGCCUCCGACGACUUCACCAACCAAGAGGACGUGUCCUCUGGCAUGAUCGUCGAGCUAGACACCGUUCGAAUGACCGCGACGCUGCGGAACCGCUACACCCGUCCGGACGGUAGCCUGAGUCGCAUGCGCGGCAACCUUCAGCGACUCGAGGGAGGCAACGUCUUCAUGGGCUGGAGCGCGCAGGGCUACCACAGCGAGCACGCCCCGGAUGGCACCGCGCUCAUGGAAGCCAAGUUCCUCUCCCCGCGCUUCAACAGCUACCGGUCGUACAAGUUCCCGUUCGUCGGCCACCCCCAGCAGCCGCCCGCUCUGGCCGCGUCCGUCUACGCCAGCAAACCCAGCCAGGCGCAUCCGUCCGCCGCAGGCGCAGCCACGUCGAACCCCGAGCUGACCACCGUCGUCCACGUCAGCUGGAACGGUGCCACGGAGGUCGCCGUUUGGAACUUUUAUUCACAAGCGGACGAGACCUCCGUCCCUUAUCUGAUCGGCAACGUGACGAAGCACGACUUUGAGUCGGUCUUCGUCACCCCGGGCUACUGGGACUUUGUCUCUGCCGAAGCGCUCGAUCGCAAGGGGAACUCCCUUGGCUGGUCGAGGAUCAUCCGCUCCGAGAUCGAAGGAGCUCUGAAGUACGCAUCCGAGGAUGGGGAGCAGCUGCUCCUCUUUCCUGAUGAUCCCGCUUCGCUGGUGGCUGUCGAGCCUGCUGUCGAGGAGAUUGUGGUGGACCCGGCCCCGCUGGUUGAGACCAUUGUCGUGGACGAAGAGAUGGCUCAUGAGGAGCCCGAGCACGUCUCCGAUGCAGACGAUCUGUUGCGAGCCAUCAACGAUGUGGUCAUCGGCAUGAUUCUGCUCGCUUGCUUCGGGACGAUUCUGAUCUUCUGGUGGACGCGGAGGUUCAAGUGGCGGCCACACCGGUAUCUGCGGCUGGCCUCUUCUCCGUUGCAUAGCCCGGCGGUAUGA